AUGCCGUCGACAUUGGCCUUCCUCAGCUGUCUCUUGCUGUCCCUGACAUGGCCAGCAAGAGUCAAGUCAAUGGGUGCGGCCCGCCUGGUGGAGCUCCUGAAAUCUAUGGUUGAGGUCUUCCAGCAUGGCUUCAACAACUACAUGCAGCACGCUUUUCCCGGAGGACGAGACUGGGCUCUGAAAGAGUUCCAGGGCGAGGUAGAAAAGUUUGUGGACUACUACGGGGACGGACGGCGUGGCCCAUCUGGCCAGGGCAUACGCGCGCGCGGGUUCGACCUCGACAGCAAGGUCCAGGUCUUUGAGACCGUCAUCCGAGGGGUGGGCGGCCUUCUGAGCGCCCACCUCUUCGCCGUGGGGGAGCUUCCCAUACCUGGCUAUGAUCCAGAGCAUGCAGGGCUGAACGACGACGACGACUCGAAUCCGCUGGAGCUGGCCCCCAUUCCGUGGCCGAGCGGUUUCCACUAUGACGGCCAGCUCCUGCGACUGGCCCUCGACAUGGCAGAACGGCUGCUGCCGGCCUUUUAUACGACGACUGGUCUGCCGUAUCCGCGCGUCAAUCUGCGCCAUGGCAUUCCCUUUUACAUCAACUCACCCCUGCAUAAGGUUUCGCCCAACGACCCCGAUUCGACGCAGAAGUACCCUGAGAAGACGGACACGUGUGCAGCCGGCGCCGGCAGCUUGGUGCUCGAGUUUACCGUCCUCAGCCGCCUCACCGGCGACCAGAGGUUCGAGCAUCUGGCCAAACGCGCCUUCUGGGCUGUCUGGAAGGGCAAAAGCGAAAUCGGCCUGGUCGGCAACGCCAUCGACCCCGAAAGGGAGACUGGUCACAUUCUGCUGUCCGGCCACGACCUCCCCAAUGUCACCGCUCGCGCGCCAACGACGUCAGACCGUCAGUGGCUCGACCCAAAUACGUUGCACACCGAACCUUUGACGCCCGAGGAACACACCGCUGGAGCCUUUCUCGAGGCCUGGCAUCAGGCGCAUGCGGCUAUCAAACGCCACUUGUACAACGACGCUCACCACCCGUACUACAUGACAGGUCACAGGACCAGGGGCUACCCUUUCACGGCCUGGAUCGACAGUCUGGCGGCCUUCUAUCCCGGCCUGCUGGCCAUGGCUGGCGAGGUUGCGGAGGGCGAGGAGGCGAACCUUCUGUAUACUGCACUCUGGACUCGCUAUGGUGCCCUGCCAGAGAGAUGGUCGGUUCGAGAGAGGCAGGUCGACUCUGGAAUCGGCUGGUGGCCUGGGCGACCCGAGUUCAUCGAGUCGACAUACUACCUGUAUCGUGCCACCGGCGAUCCGUGGUACUUGCACGUUGGCGAAAUGGUCCUUGCGGAUAUUAAUCGUCUCUGCCGGACCAAGUGCGGCUGGUCGGGGCUACAAAAUGUCGACACGGGCGAAAAAGCAGAUCGGAUGCAGAGCUUCUUCUUGGGUGAAACCACGAAGUAUCUUUUUGUGCUUUUCGACCCCGAACACCCGCUCAACAAACUCGAUGCCGCUUUCGUCUUCAGCACCGAAGCCCAUCCGCUCAUCAUUCCAGGGCAGCGAAAUUCGAGGCGCGGUCAGAAACCGAGAAAGAAGAAAAAACCGCAGGUGAACCGUCUCGUGAAGGGCGUCAAGGCGUACCACGACGAGAAUUACACCAACACUUGCCCGGUUGCCUCAAGGCCUCCACUGACGGGCUCGGCCAUGGCCGCACGCGCUGACGUGUUCCAAGCCGCCAGCUUCGUCAACCUGCACACGGUCGCCAACCCUCACAGUGGCAUGAAGCUGGUCCCGACCUUCAAGGGGUCCAAUGAGACUGUUCUCCAAUACAAGGAGAAUCACACCUUCUUCCCCUGGACUCUGCCUACUUCGAUGGUCCCGGACAACGGCACCUGCGCGGCCCUCACGUUCAAGCCAACCCUUGUCAUUGAGUUCCCCUCGACAAACCAACAGGGCAGUGCGCUGAAACCAGCUGUUUGCCAAUACGGCAGCAUUCAAGACCCUUAUGCGCCAGAUCACCUCGCUGAACGGCUUGAGAUUACGUUUAUCAGAGAGUCCUUUGCGCCGACUACGACACACUGCGCGUCACGCACGUCAUCACAUGGCUCUCGCAGACGAGAUCGUACACAUCGAUGGCGACAUGCUCUCCCGAUAUCAAAGACCCCCUCUUCAAAUCGUGUCCGUUACGCGCCGUACCGUCGACCUCAUGAUUGUCUAUGGAGAACCUCCCUCGGAGAACACACAGCAGAGACCCCACUCGAAACCGUAGAAGUAGCGCUCGACGAGCACCGGCAACGAGAUACACCUGAGCGAGGAGCAGUCCUCGUGGCUGGAACACGACGACGAGGCAUCGGGCUCACUCGACCCCUCCUACGGCUCCAUGCUCAAGAGCCUUGUCCGCGCAGUCACCUCCGUCUUCGACCCGGCCAACACCCCCUCGCCCGACGACGGCCCCUCGGGCGCCAGCCGGCGCACACUGCACAUAGAAAACCUACAAAAGCCGCCCUGCCCGUCGGCAUCGGCGCCGUCCCCCUCCCCGACGUCCGCGACGCGCCCCUGGCCCCGGCCACGGCCCCCGACGAGAAUACGUCCGCCACUCAGCUCCACUCCCAUGGCACACCGUCUACCUCGCCGGCCAGGGCUGCACCGCCGCCUCCCGGACGCCAUCCCGCGCAACCACCACGUCAUCGCCCUGCGGCCGCGGCGGCUGCUCCUUCAGCGCCAAGCUCGCCAACAUUCCCGCCGUCACGCCCACGGCGCACUCGCUCCGCCUCGUCGUCGUCGUCAGCGACCCGCACGAGGACGGGCCUCGGCGACGACGACGACGACGACGACGACGCCGUCUACGGCGGUCACGUCGACCGCCCGCCCUGGGACGCCGCCCACGACAUUGUCAAGCCGCACCUCGAGGACGAGCAGCCACCCCCGGCGCAUGCGCGCCACCGCCCGCUCAGCCUGGUCAUGAUCCGCGCGCCAGCGCGUGGGAGCAGCUUGGGCGCGCGAGGGGCGUCGCAUCCGGAGAAACCUCCAGGGUACUUCAACCCAUGCAUGCCAGCUGCUGCACCGAGAGCCGCCGCAUAA